AUGGCGUCACGAAGGGAAGAGACUUCAGAUUCAGAAGAAGAAAGCUCUUUUUCUUUGUCUGACAAUGAAAAUUUGGCCCCGCCGAAUAAAAAGAGACGAGGCAGAAAAGCGCAAUGGCGAGAUUGUCACGUCGCCGACAUGGUAGAUGUUAUUUGCUCCAACGACAACUUUUCUAGGAAGCUGAUUUUCACAAACUCCAAAAACACCAGAAACAACGAAGUGUAUGUUCAAGUGCUGAAGGAAGUCGAGAAGCGAUACACAGGCUCGAGUAGUUUUCCCUUCUCGACUGGACAAAUGCGAACAAAAUUUAAACGUUGUGUAGCCGAGUGCAAGAAACUUGCACUGACUAUCAAGACGGCGACUGGUGUUAAAAGAAUUCAAGAAGAUCGUGGUUAUGGGCCAUGGUUCAACCAGUUAUUU